AUGCCAGAUCUGACGUAUGAAAAACAGCUUGCUUUGCUCCUUACAAGUACUACACUCAACGGCAUUGAGGCUGUAUAUUACAUUGCAAGCACUGAUAUGCCCAUUAAUAGACCGGUCGGCGUGCAAGAGGCUAUGCUAGGAGCUCUUUUAUGUUUUCAUGCAUUGACAUAUCCCCUGAUGCCCUGAGACUACGAGGGCGUGAUGUGGUUGAGAACGAGGUCGAGGUUGGCAGGCCAACCUCAAAUGGCCAAUGCGAUCUUGUCGGAGGGUGGGGAGUGGGUACCAGUGGGUAAGGCCGCAAGCUAA